AUGGCGGCAAAGGCUCGGGUCAGCGACUGGGAACCUUCGGCCAUCGCUGCUGUUGCCAACAUUAACACCAACGCCGUCCCCACUUUGGACCAACCCCUGGAUAGCGCCAACUCGCUCAGCUGCAGCGAAGAUUCAAGCCUGCCCAGCCCGGCCAUCCCCACCCUCACGCUUGACCUCACCGCUACCCACCCCACCGCUAAAAUGGUUUCUCGUCCUUUUCCCGUGUUGAAGAUGACCACCUCUGGCACCAGCAGCGCCAGCAGCUCGACGGCCUCACGUUCCCCCACCAGUUCGGCUCGCCCUUCCUUGGUGGCCAUGCGUCGCGGCAAGCGUCAUCUCCCCAAGCUCAACCUGGCUUCCAUCUCCAACGCCAUGGGCAGCGGCGACGAGGACAACUUGUCGCCCGAUUUUAUUGGUGACAGCGAUCGUGUGAUCUCUCGCACGCGCAGCGCCAGUGCCCCCCUCCCCUAUGAGUACAGUCUUGCCAGCGGUCCUUUUAGUCCCGAGAGCCUGCCCUCUCCUUCCUGCCCCACUUCUCCCCACAACUUUGAGAGCAUCACCUGCCUCGAUGCACGCCACACGUUGAUGCACUCGGAAGCCCUUCGCAGCACCGAGGACCUGCAGGAGGAGGAAGACCUUCGCGAGGUCAACUGGACCCAAACCUCGCUCGAUCUCAUGUUUGACACGGCUGUGGAACAUGGCUCUGAUGUUGCUGCCAACCUCUUUGAUCCAGCCCUCAAUCCCGUCCAGCAGGGCUCGGUCCUCAAUUCCCUCGUCUGA